AUGAGCAUGACGGUCCCCCGCAUCUCGUGGGGGUGCCGGUAUGCGGAGCACCUGUCCAUGCAGCACGACGGUUUGUGCCAGUGCCAGGAAAGACUGGCGUCGGCAUGCUAUGGGCUAUUUGCAACCCUCUCAGGAGACAAUGCGCCGUUUGCCUUUCUGCUCAGCCGGUUGGGCCUCAACCCAGAGCCCCUGGCUCCAGGGUAUGCCCCAUCACAUGUCCGCCUUGUGUCCGCGUGA